AUGGAUCUGGGAUCGUUCUUCACGGAACGGAAAGUAAUAAUGCUGGUGGGAUUGGAACUGGACGAGGGGAGUGUUCAUGGGAGAAUCAUCAGAAUAUUGGCGAUUGUUGACCUAACCAAACCCAUCCUACGUGGUACUUCAGUCACUUGCAAUGGGAAACAAGAUGGAUUGAUUUUCGAUACGAGCAGCUCCUUGCGUUUUGCUACUAUUGUGGAAAAAUUGGUCACCAAGGAAGCUAGUGCGCAGAGAAAACGUUGGAUGUGGAAAAGGGUCAGCUUAGAGAGGAGCAGUAUGGGGAUUGGCUUAGAGCUGUACAUCAUCGAGACAAUAAUAAAAGCCAUUCAACUGAAACAAAAAAUGAUUCGUCAAAGUAAAGGGGCUAAGGUGGGGGAGCAGUGCUUUGAGAAAUCUAGUGGUGAUGUUGAAAUCACUUCUGUAAAAGUGGGGAUGGAGGAAGGUGGAGUACCAUUUGUUAAAUCUACUAAAGGGAAGGAGGUGAUUUGUGAAGCUGAAGGAGAAACAGUGGGAGUUGCGGACAUGGAUGAAAGUGGGAUGGACACUAAUCAAUUAGAACUUAGUCAGGUGGACAUGGGUGUCUCUGAGAUUGAAACUGACAUUGAGGUGAGUAGGUUUGGUAAGGAGGGAUGUAAAAGGAAAUGGAUGGGGGAUUGUAAGGAGUGCCUCGUCGCAGUGGAAGGGUUUUUCAUUUACCCGACCAAUGGAUAG